GGUGCGUUGUACACUCGUUUCUUCUUAGGAUGAUGCGCUUUAGCAGAUUUCUGGUCUUUCUGUGGUCCACGACUUCAGGAACAUCUGGCUAUCUGGCCGACGUGCGAGGACCCCGCUUCAUUCUGGAGCCCCCCUCGCAGCUCGUGUUCUCAAACUCAAGUGGUGGGAGGGCUGACUGCGUUGCCGAGGGCUCCCCAGAUCCUAGAGUUGAGUGGGUUCUGAGUAGCGACGGUUCACCGGUUGGUCCAGUGCCGGGAGCUCGCGUCGUUAUGGUCAACGGGAGUCUCGUCUUCCCUCCGUUUCCUGAGGACCAUUUCCGACCGGAUGUGCACAGUGCCACAUAUCGCUGUGCCGCCAGCAACUCAGCGGGCCGUGUGUUGUCGCUGGACGUUCAGGUCAGAGCAGUUGUGGUACAGGAGUACGAGGCCAGGGUGUUCGAUUCGCAGGUGCUUCCCGGAAAUACGGCAGUGUUCAUUUGUCGGGUCCCCAGUUUUGUGCGCGAUUUCCUCACUGUCACGUCGUGGCUGCAAGAUCACCACUUCAACAUCUACCCUACGGCUGAAGGAGACUCGAAGCACGUUAUGCUUCCGACGGGGGAACUUCACGUGAUGAAUGCUGAUGCACAGGACAGUAGGAGCAGCUACCAGUGUCGAACCUUGCACCGACUGACAGGCAGGACGCAGGAGAGUGUCACUGCUGGUCGCAUUGCUAUAGCAGAGCCAAAAGGACCAGUUGCGCCGCAAUUGAAGACCAAGAAUCCACCUGUCGUAAGUGGUCGACGUGGAGAGGACAUUGUGCUACCAUGCGUUGCCCAAGGUUACCCACCCCCAAAAUUUUGGUGGUUUCGCAAAGACUCUGAUGGCCUUUUGGAGCCUCUACGAGCAAGCCUCGGCGGCUCCUUGUCACUUCGCAGCGUGCAGCCGACAGAUGCAGGAGUCUACAUGUGUGUGGCCAACAGCAGUGUAGGCUCAGUGAGUCAGGAAGUCCGAGUUCGCGUUCUUCCGGAAGUCGGUGCUCACAUCGUCCCGGCGAGUAUGCAGGUGGACGCCGGGGCACGAGCCGAGUUCUCCUGCGUCACAGCAGCAGGGCACAUAAUUUGGCUGAAAGAUGGACAACGGGUGAUCAGAGCAGAGGAGGGCUCGCAACAUGGCGGAGCGCGACUGACUAUCCCAUCCGUUCAGCGUGAGGACCAAGGAAUGUAUCAGUGCAUAGCGUCCAGUGACGGGGAGAGCGUCCAGGCAACGGCGGAAUUGCGUCUCGGUGCGUCACGCCCGCAGCUGCUGUAUCGCUUCAUCGAGCAGACGCUCCAGCCCGGCCCUGACGUAUCCCUGAAGUGCAUUGCUACGGGUCAACCGACCCCACAAAUCUAUUGGAAAUUAGACGGCUUCCCGCUUCCCCAGAAUGACAGGUUCGUGAUCGGGCAGUACGUGACGGUGGCUGGUGACGUCAUCAGUCACGUCAACAUCAGUAGGGUGGCUGUGGAGGACGGGGGCACGUACGAGUGUGCGGCGGAGAACCGAGUGGGGCGCGCGACCCACUCUGCACCACUCAGAGUUUACGGACUGCCGAUAAUACGUAAAAUGCCCCCGAUCUCCGCUGUGGCCGGGGAAGCAUUAGCAGUAACGUGUCCAGCGGCCGGCUUUCCGAUCCAUGCAAUCAUGUGGGAGAAAGAUGGACGUGUGUUACCUGUAAACCACCGGCAGACAGUUCAUCCAAAUGGCACAUUAACAAUAGAAAAUGUUCAACAGAAGGCAGACCAGGGUACAUACACUUGUCAAGCAAGAAAUCGUCAAGGCCUUUCAGACAAAGGGAGUGUAGAUAUAAGUGUAAUGGAGCCACCCAGCAUUUAUCCAUUUUCCAUUGAGAGCGGUGUCCGGUUGGGUGAACGCUUGGGGUUGCAGUGCCUAGUGACGAAAGGAGAUACUCCACUUUCCAUCCACUGGCUCAAGGAUGAAGAUGAAGUGCUGAGCUUGGAACUCCCUGCACUCACGGUGCGCAAACUGGGGGAGUUCAGUAGUACUCUGAUGAUAGAGCAACUGAGCACGGAGCACGGUGGACGCUACACAUGCCAAGCCAGCAACCGUGCUGCCACAGCUUCCCACUCAGUCGUGUUGGCAGUCAAUGUGCCUCCUGAGUGGGUGAUUGAGCCAAAAGACACCAGUGUGGUUGCUGGCCAAACAGUAGCAUUGCACUGCCAGGCUGAUGGUUUCCCUUUACCUACUGUCAUUUGGCGAAAGGGACACGGUAAACUGGCAUCCCAGUUUGAUGAAGUGGAAGGCCUUUUGAAGAAUGGUACAUUGCUAAUUCACGAUGUCAGAGAAGAGGAUGAAGGUUAUUACAUGUGUGAGGCGAACAAUGGGAUUGGUGCAAGUCUGAGUGCUGUAGUGUUUUUAACAGUGAAUGCUCUGCCUCGGUUUGUAUUGUCCCUAAGACGAGAGACAGUGAGACGAGGAGAAAUGGCCUCAUUCUUGUGUGAAGCAGAAGGAGACAUGCCUAUGCAGAUCACGUGGCGUCACAACGGUAUCCAGAUCUCUCAUGAAAUGAAUAAGAGAUUUCAUCUGAAGGAGAGUUUCUUGGAAUCUUCAGCCAUAUCACAGCUGAUGAUUCAUCACACAACACCUGACGACUCUGGGAAGUAUGUCUGCAUUGCUACAAAUCCAUUUGGAAAGGACGAGACAGUUGUUCAGCUCCUAGUUCAAGAUGUACCUGAACCACCAAUGGAUAUCCGUGUGUUGGAAUGUGGAAGUCGUGAUGUGAAACUGGCCUGGAAUGAGCCACUCAAUGGAAACAGCCCUAUCCUACAUUACACAGUAACAUCAACACAAAAUCCAAAGGAUUGGCCAGAAAUGAUAAACAAGCCUAUGCUCCUGGAUGUUGGGCAGGAAACAUCUCUUUCACCACCACAAACAUGGACUAGGAUCACUGAUCUACAGCCAGCAACAACUUAUUACUUCAGAGUGACUGCCUACAACCAACUUGGUGGUAGUUCCCCUAGCCUUCCAGUGACUGUAACCACAGAGCCUGCAGUACCAUCUGGCCCUCCUCAGAACCUUACUGUGGCAGCAAUAGGUCCACAUGCUUUACAUGCCACAUGGAACCCACCUGAUCCAAGAGAUCGUAAUGGACAAAUUCUCGGAUACUACUUGGGUUAUGUACAGCUCAGGCUUGGAACUGAAGACCGUUAUAACUACACAACUGUGAAAGAAGAAGACUUGAAUGAGUGGGUUCUGCAAGGGCUGAAUAGUUUCACCAAGUACAGAGUCAUUGUUCAGGCUUUCAAUAAUGUUGGAGCAGGACCAGCCAGUGCAGGAGUGACAGUGACCACGGCUGAAGCAGCACCAUCAGCCCCACCACAGGACAUACGCUGCAGUACCAUCACAUCCCGAAACUUGCAUCUGGCAUGGUCUGCACCUCCAGCUGCAUCACGAAAUGGAAUUAUAACUGGUUACCGCAUCACAUAUGAGAACCUGUGUGUUCCAACUGGUGUCAAGUCAGCAGAUGAUUAUACCAUCACUUUGGAAGUUAAUAAGUUGUCCACAAUAUUAGUGGACCUGGAUAAAUAUUGCAACUAUUCUAUUCAUAUGGCAGCAAUGACAUCUGUUGGAAUUGGACCAUGGAGUGAAGCUGUCACAUGUAACACUGCAGAAGAUGCCAUUCAGAAAUUAAGGGAGGAUACACAUACAGACACGCACACAGAGCAAGUUUAUCUUUUAAGCCUACUUAAAUUUCUUCAAAAUAAUGAAGUGCCGGAGUCUCCUGCAUCUAUCAGAGUAGCCCUCAGUUCUCCCAAUUCAGCUGUGGUGGGUUGGGCCCCACCAGUGAGAUCUAAUGGUGUACUUACCCAGUACAAUGUGUACGAACGGGAAGUUCACCAUGGUGUACCUAAGGACCCAGUACGUCACAUUGUGCCUCCAACAGAAACUCAUUUUGAAGCUGGCCAUCUACAAGAGAAGAGUAUUUAUGAGUGGUGGGUGACUGCAAUGACACAUAUUGGUGAGGGUCCAAGCACCCCUGUAAAAAAUAUAGCUCCUAGUUCAAGAGUUCCUGCAGCAAUUUUGUCAUUUUCCACCGUUGUUUCCACUCCCUGGAAGACGGAUGUCAAUUUUAAUUGCCAUUUUAUUGGAAACCCUCGCCCUGAAUUCUUCUGGACUUUUAAUUCUAACAGAAUUCAAGCUGGACAUCAUUCUGUUAUCUUCUCUAAUGGGACACUGCAUCUGCAGUCUGUGUCUCCUUCAGAUGCAGGGAAUUAUUCAUGCACUGUUCGCAACAUUCAUCAGUCAGAAACAUUAACACACGUCCUCAGAGUUCUGGUUCCUCCAACUCCACCAAAUAUAGAUAUGCUUACAGCUGGCUGGACCAAUGUCACACUCCAGUGGAUCAAUUCCGGAGCUUCAGAAUUGCUGGACUUGCUUGGCUACAUCUUGCGCUACAGAGAGGUUGGAUCAGAUCAAGAUCAGUGGAUUGAGACUCGACUGCCCAGACAUUCUCUUUCUUACGCAGUGGUUGGACUGGACUGUGGAACACUGUAUGAGUUCUCUUUAGCAGCCUACAACAAAGUGGGCGAGGGGGAGGCAGGGCCUGUGAAGGAGGUUCGGACCUUAGGAGAGGAACCAAGAGCUCCUCCUGGUCCAGAUGUUGUUUCAAGCUCUCCUCAUGCUCUUACUAUACAUUUCGAACGUUGGCAUGAUGGUGGAUGCCCCAUUUCACAUUUUGUUUUGGAACGUCGUACAAUGGAGCAAAACUGGAGCAUAGUAACAGAUUCUGCUCCUCCACUGGCCAGCUAUACAAUCUCAGGUCUUGACCCAGGAACAUUUUACAGGCUUCGUGUAACUGCACACAACAAACGUGGAGCUACUACAACUCAGCUCCAAGCUUCCACACUCACCCAGGAAGGUGGUGUAAACAUUGAGUCUAAAGAUGUAAGCUUGGAGGCUGGACCAGUGGAGCGUCCAUUUUACAUGUAUCUUCGUGUAAGUUUACCAAUCUCUGUGAGUCUUCUAGCACUGGUGCUAACCCUGACCACUGUUGCCAUCUGUCUCAGGAAAAAGCCAGCAAACUGUAAUGAUUCUGCUCUGCCCCCAGGAGAUAGGAAUACCCCUGUCAAACCAGAGUAUUACAGUGUGUUGCCUAAACAUGAUGGGGAACCUCAGUUGCCUGGUACUGCCAUUCAGCCUGACGAUAUACCUGAGUAUGAUGAUGACAUUUAUCCAUAUGCCACGUUUCAAGCUUGGAAACCUAGUCAAGUGUCAAGUCAGAGGGGCUUCCAGACUUUCAUAUAUCAGGGGUCUGAUCCUCCUGGUGUAAACAGUUAUGCUCCAGGGGAGGUUGAAGGUGAUAAGUAUUCACAUGUUCGUCAGUCAGUGCAUUCUGAUGUUGAAGAAUACGACUCCCCUGGUUCAGAUUCAGAUGGACGUGUGGAAGACAAACCUGUCAUAUUUCAAUCAGCUUAUCUGCGAAGUAACAUACGACAUAGCCGUCUUGUCAGUGUUCUUGAAUCAUCAACUUCAAAUGAAACUUCUCCAAUUCCAGAUAGAAGACUUCAGCCACAUAAAAACAGCAUCAAAAGUCACUCAUCAAAGAAGAAGUUUGCUGGCAAAGCCUGUGGUGAAACAAAAGAAACAGCCUUUACUUUCCCAACACCAACACCAAAUCAUACUCCAACUAGAACACCAUCUGGACAGCGGGAAGAACUGAGUGAAGCAGAAUGUGAUCGCGGUUCUUUUAGGACUCCUCUACAUUACAGGGUGUAAGCCCUUGUAUGAAAUAUCCCAAUAUAUAGGGGUUAGGAAAACACUGUGGCCUCAUAAUAAUGUGUAUGUGUGUUUCAUAUGUAAUUAUUUCCAAGAUAUAUUUGUAAAAAUAUAUUAAUAUAAUAGAAAUAUUGCCUACAAGUUCUUCAGUCCUAGUGAAUAUUAUAUAGAAUGUCAAUAGAUUAUGCAAAUAUUUUAUGUUUUUAUAUAUGUCUUAUUUCUUAUUAUACUUAUUUUCUGAACUUACUGUAUAUCCUCUAUAACAUUUAACAGAUCUGAGAUUAGUGCAGUUACAAAAACUGCUAAGGAUGUGGGCUUAAGUAUCCUGCAGUGAACACAAUAUUGUUAAGUUUACAACACUGGGUUAUGAAUCACAUUGGCAAGUGGCAAAAUGGAGAGACAAUCAUUGAGAUUUCCAGAAUUAAUUUCUGGAUUAACAUGAGUUUUACCUAAAAUUAGAUUAAUUGCAGUUAUUUUCUUUAAUUAGAGAUAUCAUGUAUCUCCUGUAAUAUAAGAACCAAGUAACUAACUCCACAGAAUAGCAUCCUUCUUGAGAAUCUACGAGGUAAGAGUAACUCAGGUAUUCAAGAAAUUCAACACAUUUCUGGAACCUGAAAGUUCAUUACUGUGUUCACAAGAGGUAUCACUGGAGUACACAAUAAAAGUUUAUGACCUUAUGCACUGGAAGAGAAUGAGCCAGAUAAAUAAAACAAUAUUAAAAUGUAAUCAUGAGCCUUAAAAAUGAGGCACCAAAAUGCAAAAAUUUGAAAUUAGACAAUUUAUAAACAUAUUACACAUUUAUUCCAUAUAUAUAAUGUACGAGUAUAUCUUCAAAGGUGAAUUUUAUAGCUCAUUCAUUGUCUCUAUGGGCCAAACAUUUUUGUGUGUCUAAACACAUGUCUGUUUGAUAGUGCUGUUAUUUGAGAAACCAUAGUUGGGUGAUAAAAUGUGUGCCUUCAGGCUUGAGUAUUCUGGCUGUGUGAAACAAUGUGAGCUAGCAUUAUAUGCUGUAAAACAAAUCAUGAAGAUGGUGGUACGAAAAUUGUGUAAUGAUGUUUUUUCUUAGAAUUGCAGUGAAAAAAACAUUUUCUCUGUCUGUCUGUUAUUACAAUAAUUAAUUCUGGGCUGUGUGCAAACAUUUUGACCAGUCAACUGUAUGUAAUGAAUCACAGAACGUUAACUGAUUUUUUGGUUACAUUUUCCUUGAUGCUUCAAGAUCAAUAGGAAAUUUAUUUUUACUGAUAUGUGUAUAGGAAAUUUAUUUUUACUGAUGCAGUUACUGAGACUCAUAUCUCACCAAUUCUGGAUAGUCUGAAUAUCAUCAUAGUAUUCCUGCUAGUCCUAGCAAUGUUGUAUAACACUCAGGAUUACUGAACUUAGGACUCAUACAUUGUCUGAUAUUCUAAAGAACAGACCCAACAGAAUAGGUGCCUCCCACCCUUUCACUUAGGGAUGGGAAGAGAUAUAGUUUCUGAAAUGUAUUUUUUAUAAUACCAGGCAAUGAACAAAGUAAAAAAACUCAGUAAACCCAAGUCUUAUCUGGCCUUCAGAAAUGUAGGAGGGCCAGAAAUCUGGCCAAAUAUAUAUAUUUUUAACUGGUGGCUUAGCAGUUAUGACUGCAUAGGAUGGAAACUGACUGCUUCAUUUGAAUGGCUAGCAUGGCUUGUGUACGCUUGUUUCUCCAUGAUUAUUGUGGUUAUGUAUGGCCGCCUUUUCUUGAAAGACAUGUCAUAAAAGUACACCAUCAAUAAUGGAACAGUGAUAUAAAAGGCACCUAAAAUACAUAUUUUUUCACUAAGUGUACCUUUAAUACUUUAAAAUGUUAUUAAAUAUCAUGAAAUGUCAUUAAGACACUGCAAGUAUAUCUUAUACACUAAACGUGACUAUCAAAAUUCUUCAGAAUGUCUUCUUGUUUUACAUAAUGGUUUUUUUUUUGCAACAUGUUUCGGCCGCAUAUGGACUAUCAUGAGGCAGUUUUUAAUUUGU